GGACCUGAGCGCGACUGCGCGUCCGGCGCUCUCCGCCUGGCUAGUGGGGAAGCGAAACUGAGGGAGGCGGCUGCGGCUCUGGCAGUGGCAGGGCUAGGCCCGGCGGCGGCGGCGACAGCGUCGGCCUAACCCCCGCUCCAUUUCCCGGCAGUUCGCCCUCUCCCCUCAGCUUAACAAUGAAGAGAAGAGCUGACCCAGAAUGUACUGCUCCCAUCAAGAAACAGAAAAAAAGAGUUGCGGAGCUUGCCCGGAACCUCAGCUCCACAUCUGAUGAUGAGCCUCCCUCCUCUAUCAAUCAUGGAGCGAAAGUAUGUACCACAAGCCUAAGUGGGUCUGACAGUGAAACUGAGGGGAAACAACACAGCUCUGACUCUUUCGACGAUGCAUUCAAAGCAGAAUCCCUUGUGGAGGGAACUUCUUCUCGCUACUCUAUGUAUAGUAGCGUCUCCCAGAGGCUUAUGGCCAAGAUGGGCUUUAGAGAAGGUGAAGGAUUGGGUAAAUUCAACCAGGGUCGGAAGGACAUCGUUGAGGCUUCUAAUCAGAAAGGUCGAAGAGGCUUGGGUCUGACACUGCGGGGUUUUGACCAGGAGCUAAACGUGGACUGGCGAGAUGAGCCAGAGCUCAGUGCCUGUGAACAGGUGUCAUGGUUCCCAGAAUGUACCACUGAAAUUCCUGACACUCAGGAGAUGAGCGAUUGGAUGGUUGUGGGAAAGAGAAAGAUGAUUAUUGAAGAUGAAACAGAGUUUUGUGGGGAAGAGCUGCUUCAUAGUAUGUUGCAGUGCAAGAGUGUGUUUGAUGUCCUGGAUGGGGAGGAGAUGCGGCGAGCUCGGACUCGGGCCAAUCCCUUUGAGAUGAUCCGAGGAGUCUUCUUCCUGAACAGGGCAGCAAUGAAGAUGGCAAACAUGGAUUUUGUGUUUGAUCGCAUGUUCACAAAUCCUCGAGACUCUUAUGGGAAGCCGCUGGUGAAGGAUCGGGAAGCUGAGCUUCUGUACUUUGCUGACGUCUGUGCAGGCCCAGGUGGCUUCUCAGAGUAUGUGCUCUGGAGGAAGAAGUGGCAUGCAAAGGGCUUUGGAAUGACCCUGAAGGGCCCUAAUGACUUCAAGCUGGAGGAUUUCUACUCAGCCUCCAGUGAACUCUUCGAACCCUACUAUGGUGAGGGUGGGAUUGAUGGAGAUGGAGAUAUCACCCGCCCAGAGAACAUCACUGCUUUUCGGAAUUUUGUCCUGGAUAACACAGAUCGCAAGGGUGUCCACUUUCUGAUGGCUGAUGGGGGUUUCUCAGUGGAGGGGCAGGAGAAUCUACAGGAGAUCCUCAGCAAGCAACUGCUGCUGUGUCAGUUCCUCAUGGCGCUGUCCAUUGUCCGGACAGGAGGCCACUUCAUCUGUAAAACCUUUGACCUGUUCACACCAUUCAGUGUGGGGCUUAUCUACCUGCUAUACUGCUGCUUUGAGCGAGUGUGUCUCUUCAAGCCCAUUACCAGCCGUCCUGCCAACUCAGAAAGGUAUGUGGUGUGCAAGGGCCUGAAAGUGGGCAUAGAUGAUGUUCGGGAGUACCUCUUCUCAGUGAAUAUGAAACUCAACCAGCUGCGGAACACCGAAUCCGAUGUCAACCUAGUGGUCCCCUUGGAGGUGAUCAAGGGAGACCAUGAAUUUACUGACUACAUGAUACGGUCCAAUGAGAGCCACUGUAGUCUGCAGAUCAAAGCUCUGGCCAAAAUCCAUGCCUUUGUUCAAGACACGACCCUGAGUGAGCCUCGGCAGGCGGAGAUCCGGAAAGAGUGCCUCCGACUCUGGGGGAUUCCAGACCAGGCUCGAGUUGCUCCUUCCUUCUCAGACCCGAAAUCUAAGUUCUUUGAACUCAUCCAGGGCACAGACAUUGAUAUCUUCAGCUACAAGCCCACACUGCUCACCGCUAAAACCCUGGAAAAGAUCCGCCCUGUGUUCGAUUACCGCUGCAUGGUGUCUGGCAGCGAGCAGAAGUUCCUCAUCGGCCUUGGGAAGUCCCAGAUCUAUACGUGGGAUGGCCGCCAGUCAGACCGCUGGGUCAAGCUGGACCUGAAGACAGAGCUGCCCCGGGACACUCUGCUCUCUGUGGAAAUUGUGCAUGAACUGAAAGGGGAGGGAAAGGCCCAGCGGAAGAUUAGCGCGAUCCACAUCCUCGAUGUCCUGGUGCUGAAUGGCAGUGAUGUUCGGGAGCAGCACUUUAACCAGCGAAUUCAGCUUGCUGAGAAAUUUGUAAAAGCCGUUUCCAAGCCCAGUCGGCCUGACAUGAAUCCCAUCAGGGUGAAGGAGGUGUACAGGCUGGAGGAAAUGGAGAAGAUUUUUGUCAGGCUAGAAAUGAAGAUCAUCAAGGGCUCCAGUGGCACUCCGAAGCUCAGCUACACGGGGCGUGACGACCGGCACUUUGUGCCCACGGGCCUCUACAUCGUCAGGACAGUGAAUGAGCCGUGGACUAUGGGAUUCAGCAAAAGCUUCAAGAGGAAGUUCUUCUACAACAAGAAAACCAAGAGUUCUACUUUUGACCUUCCUGCAGACUCCAUUGCCCCAUUUCACAUCUGCUACUAUGGCCGGCUCUUCUGGGAGUGGGGGGAUGGUAUCCGAGUGCACGACUCCCAGAAGCCUCAGGACCCAGACAAGCUAUCCAAGGAGGAUGUCCUUUCCUUCAUCCAGACGCACAGCGCCUAAGGACCUCGGGAUGCCCUACCCUGCAGGAUGCCCUGCUGCUACCUGAGAGUAUGCUCCACACUGGGGGGCCCCUAGGGCUAGUUUCUUCCCCUUCUUUGAAAGGGACUGGGAGCACUGCAGUCUGGCCAUGCGGGGUGGGUGGUCUCCUCUCCAUCCCCUGAAGACCUCAGUUGGGGCCUUUGGAGGACACGCACACGUUCCUUCUGGAAUGCCUUCUGCCUGGGAACUCUUUCCCCUGCCAGGGCUCAGCCUGAAGGCAGCUGCUUCUGAGGCAGGUUUGAGGUCACUGCCCAGGGCACGAGGGGCCUGUAGGAGACAUGUCAGAGAGUAGCAGAGCUGUGGGCUCUGGUUUCUCUCCUGCAUCCUGUAGACUCAUUUUUCUGAGUUGCAUGCACUGCCCAAGGGCAGCCAUGCCCCUGCUUUGCCCAACGUUUUAUUGGGCCAACCCUGAGUGGGUGGAGGCCCAUGGUCGUGAGCUGGCCAGGAGCAGCUGCUGUCAAAUCAAGGUUUUGUUUAUUUGAACUUUCUGUUUUAAUGCCAUGUUGAAGAUCUUGUCUCCUCCCUUCCCCAACCCUUCCUGACCUUCCCUAGAGUUCUUCCCUGCCCAGAGCUCUGACAGUCCCAGCUGGCUGGGAAGGAGGAGUGUGGGCCCCAUGUCCCUGACACCACAUUGGGAUCCAGGCAGCACUGCCUUUGGUACUGGGUAUGCCUUUCUCCUGGGGUUAUCAGGCCUUCCUAGCCUCCAUCCCCUUUAGAUCCAAAUGUUGGACAGCUCUACAGAGCAGGAAACAGCCUUGAAGGCAUGCCUUUCUCCCCCAGCAGCAGUGGCCCCACCAGUAAAGAGUACCUCUGGGGUUUGGGUAGCACCAGGCCCCUGGCAGUCACCACCGCCUGCUAGCCACCCUCAGGUCUUGGCAGAGUUCCAAGCUGGCAGCGUAGCUCCUUGCUACCCUUUCCUUUCCUUUGUUUUUCUUCCCCAGUAGGAGGUACAGUCUGCUGUUUGUCCUUAUGUGGUCACUCCAUUUCCUCUAUCUUGGCGGAGGCGGAGGGGAGGAGGGAAGCUGGGCAGUAGCUCUGGGAGGGGGAGGGCACCUGUGGUUUUUAAUGGGAAAUACCUCUCAGAGAUCCACGUGGGCUCCCCAGGGUCCCAUCCCAGUGCCAGACUAGUUUCCAUGGAGAUAGGGCACUGAGGCUCUUGUGAGGUUGGAAUCGACUCCACUGUAGGGGUCCUUCAGCCGGUGUCCAGUCCCCACCCCCAGGCUGGCAGCAGUCCUGCUGAGAUGCUGUAUUUCCACCCAGUUCUGGGUAUAUCAGUGUGUCUUGCAAAAUCUUGGAUCAUUAAAGAUAAACAUAUUUUUAA